AUGUCAUCUAAGCUUAAAUCAUUGAAACAGCAUAUUACUAAACUUGAGGCUAAGAAUGCAGAGCUUAGUAAGGAGAAUACUGAGAUCUGCAAUUUUAGAAUCAAGCUUUUAGUAUUAAUGGCAAAUGAUAUGGUAUCAGAAGUGUUACCAGAAGUCAUUACCAAGUCACUGGAGAAGAAAGAGAUGGAUAAUUUCUUGAAUAAAGCACAUAAGAAAAGCAUUAAUGAUAAAAUAAGGCAACGCAAUAAGGAGAAGAAAUUUUCAGAAACAGAUAGUGACAAUAAUAUCUUAGAUGAGCCAAUAUAUAAAGUUUUACUUACUGACGACAUGCAUACCUCAUCUAUUUCCGACCAAACUGUUCGAGGAACUCUCGCCCGCUAUGACGGCGCUGGCCCCGGUGAAUACUUAAGUGACUCAGAUAGCUAUAAUGAUAAUGAUAAUGAUUCUGAUUGCGGAUCAGAUGAUUAUAAUAACUACGAGUCUAAUUAUGAGUCCGAUAAUGAAGAAGCUUCCUGCGCUUCAACCAGCACUACCGAAGCUGUGAAAGAACGAAAGGUUAAUGUGACAUAUACUUUGAGGCAAGAAAACUUCAAUGAUAAAUUUUCCCCUAAGGAUUUGCUAAAUGCCAUUCGGGAAAUUCUCUCAUCACCACCUAGAGAUAUGUCGAAUGACAAAGGGUCAUUGGAUUGCCUCCCAAUCUAUUCAUUCUUAUUUCCGAAUGAAAAAGGCUCUAGCUUGUAUAAUGCCUAUGACCGAAGUGAAGUGGAAAAUAAAUUGGUUAUAAAAAUCGACCAAGAUGCCGAUCAUGCCCCAAAAUUUUCCGUUGCCGAUGACAUUUCUGAAGUUUAUGGUUUACCUGGGAUCCAUGAAUGUAUUAAUGGUCAAAAACCUUUAAGAGCCGUGAUUGACAUAGAUGCUUCGCAAGAAGAUAUGGAAGCAACUGGUGUUAAGGUGCAAGAAGUAUUCUUUCGAAUCUGCCUAUCUUUCAUAAGAGCUUUGUAUCGAAUUCUUGAUUGUAGCUGGGAGGAUAUUCUCAAUGGAUUAGUAAUCGCUACAUCAUCGGACCCUAGCAAGUAUAGCUACCAUAUUUUAUACGCACCGGCUCUUCUUAUUGAUCAUCACGAACUCAAAGCAUUUACUGAAUUAGUGUAUACCAUAACUGGUGAAAAAUUCGGCAAGUAUAUUGAUAGAAUAUUACCUGGUCAAAACUUUAACCUUCGCCUUAUUGGUUCAGCAAAAAAAGGUCGUGUAAAGCGUAUUCUUCAAUUCUCACUAAAUAAUGGGUGGAAUGAGCUCGACCACGCUAGGGUUCAACCACCUACUAGCUUAGGACUUAAAGUAAGACCUCGAAUGCUUAGCACAGAAAAAAAUAAUAAUCCGCUAAGAAUAUCUGUGGGUCAGGAUGUAUUGCAAAAAUGCGCGGACCUAGUUUUGCAAAAGCAUUCUAACUAUCUUAGGGAUUGGACUAUCAAAGAAAAAGAUUCAGAAAACUUCGUAUAUUUUAACCGAAAAGUUCUACUAGAAUGCCCACUAUGUAAACGUAUACAUGACAAGGAUCAGCGGUGGUUCAGUCGUGUAUGUGCUAGCAGUGGGAGGUUCAUCGUAAAAUGCUUUCGGCAAAAUAGUGAUGAGUGCGGGGAAGUUUUUGAAUGCGACCCAUCUAUUGCAGAAAAAAUUCAGCAAGAAAAUAAAAUUUUAUCUCCCACAUCUCACAGGAUAAAGGGUCCAGGUUUCCCUAAAGCUUUCAUAAAAAUGCCAUCUUGGGUCAAGUAUAAUGAGUCCCUUUCAGCAACAGAAACAUAUGAGGAGAGAUAUGUAAGACCAUUACUGAAUGAAGGCGAUAUCUAUGUAGGUUCACCUUGGGAGACGGGGAAAACAUAUAUUCUAGAGCAUCUUACUAUAUCUGAUGACGUGAAUUUGCUAGUAUUAUCCACGCGCCACUCUUACUCGAAUGCUGUUACUACCAGACUUAAUCUUAAGUCAUAUUGCGAUAUUGAUGGUAAUAUAAAUCUACCCGAUCACAAAAGGGUAGUAUGUCAGAUAGAGAGCUUACACCGUAUUACUAAUAAAUGCGAAUGCAGUAAAAAAUGUAAAUGCCCUCUGAGCCAAUAUGAUUUAUGGCUUGAUGAAAUAGUAUCAAUAAUUGCUCAAGCACAAAGUCAGCUGGCGGGACAAUCAAUAGAAAAAUUGUAUAAAUUAAUCCAAAAGGCUAGGCGCAUUAUUGUUAUGGAUAAUGACCUAACGGACCUCAACAUUGAAUGGAUUAAGGCCCUUCGUAAGAAUAUAUCUUUUUCUAUUAUUCAUAAUACUUACCAGCCUCAAAAAAAUAAGACAUUCCGCUUGGCUCUUAAUAAAGAAACUGUGUUAGCCGAACUUUGGGAUUGGGCUAGGCAAAUAUCUUCACUACCUUUUGAGAAUCGGAAAAGUGCUUCACUUAUCUGCCAUCUUAGAAAAGAUGUACAAGGGAUUGUUUGUUCCCUUAAGACCGAUUUUCCAGAAUUGCGAAUCAAGGAAUAUCAUGGUAAAUCUGAUCCAGUAGAAAAGGCUCAAGAUUUUAGCAAUGUAGAAGAAUCAUGGAUCGAUGUAGACCUUGUUGCAUAUACUAGCACUCUAAAAAUAGGGAAAGGGUUAUUCCAAUGGUUGUUGAAUGCCAAACGAGAAUGUCUUCCCCGAGAACUUCAGAAUAGAGGAAUAUUUCCUAACAUAGACUCUAUCAUCCGGAAUAAGGAUGUACCAACCAUUCGAUUAUGGGUAGCAUAUAUGUUAGAAAAAUUUCGUUCCUGGCGCUUAUUUGGUUGGAGAAUGGUUGAUUUUUUUAGAGAGGCAGGUAUGAUAAUUUCCAUCAUAGAAUCCGACCCUAAAUCUAAUGAAAAUUCAUUGUCGCAGAUAGUAAAAGCAAAAUGUUCUGUUGUUAAAACGAAGGAGAUAUCAGAUAUAACUAAUGCUAAUAUUCUUGAUCGUGAGACUGCUGAAUUUCUAGAAAAUAAGCCAAGAAAGACUUUAGGAGAAAUGCGUUCUUUAGAUCGGCACCAUAUUGUGGAUUGUUAUGGAAUUCCGCCUGAAUCGUUGACCGAGGAUUUCAUCUCAAAAUAUGGGAAUUUCAAUCAUAUGAAAUGGUUUAGAGCUUAUAGGCAAUUACGAGAUGUUGGCACUAGUAAUGAAACGGCUGUUGAGGCUAUCACUCGCAAAGAUUACAGAGAAGAUAGGCUUACAACUAUAACCCGGGCUGAGAAGCAUCGGAUUUGCUUAGAAUUGUUAAAAACUUGUACACCAGCUAAAGAUAUCGACAAUAGAUCAAGAUAUAAAGCUGAUGAUGUUAAAACAUGCCUGAAUUCUCCUGAGUCGGUAUCAUAUCUCCAGAAUUUAGUACCAAAAAUGGCUCGGGUUUUUGAUAAUUCAGAUACAUCUCGCAGAGCUAAAAAAUCGGGAUUAAAAACGGAACAGGCAAAACUUGGUUUACUGAACUCAGCACUACAUGUAACUUAUGGGUUGAAAUUUAAGGCUAUAGAUAAGAAUCGUAGACAUUAUCACCUAGUAGGUUCAUUUGAUAGUAAAGACGCUCCUAGAUUUCCUUUAUAUCAAACGGGUGAAGAAAUUUAUUGGGAAAAUGGGGAAAAUACUCGAUAUGGAUAUAGUAAACUCCCGCCCGAUGAAUUAAUAGAUAAUUUUACUAGUUCUAGCAAAGUGGAUAAUGCGCAAAUUACAGAAGAUAUUCAGGACUUAUUUGAUAUUUGCUAA